UUUCACCAGGCUGACCUCGCGACUGCACAGAACCACAUUGUCUUAACCAGCAAAUCUCCGAAAAAAAGAGAGUUUGCUGUCCCGGAACAGGCUAUAUCGGGAUUGAGGAACGCACUAACAACGUGUGAACGUUCACCUAAGCAAAUACAGCAUGAAGCUGACCAGCUUAGCGAAGUGCUGUUGCAUCGUAGAUUUCCUGCGCCACCAUCCGUUGUACGAGAAGCACGUAAUAAAGUCAAGAACAUGUUGAAAAAGAGGGAAGAACAAGAUAUGUGGAACCUCCUCAUCCGCAAUGAAGUUGACAAAAUUCUAAAGAAGACGCACUUCACAUGGCAACCGCUUUCUGUCGAGACGAAAGAGAAUGCAGCUGCAUACGCACUAUCUCAGCUUGCCCCUAACUAUGCGGAGAUUUCGAGAGUUCUGGAUGAGUUCAAAGGAAGUAAUUUUUGUCCUGACAGCGUAUUAGACUACGGCUGUGGUAUAGGUAAUCCAUUAUUUGAGGUUUCUGGGCUGUCAAUGAAUGCUAUGGAUGACAAAGGAAACUUGUUGCCUCGUAAUAUAAAUUUUCGGCGUCAUCUCCCAACUUCUGUUCAAAAAAAGUACGACCUCGUAAUCGCUCAUCGUACUCUUUGUGAAGUUGACUCGAGAGAGUCUCGACUAGAACUUGUGACGUCUUUAUGGAGAAGAACAAAUAGAUUCUUAGUUCUUAUUGAUUCUGGCCUCCAUGAUGCGUUCGAAGCUUUGAUGGAAGCCCGAGAUUUCUUGCUACUUUCUGGCGUACAACUACAUUUAGAGGACACAGUUUCAUUGUUAAAGGUGGACAUCUAUACCGUCCUUAAUGAUCGCAAUAUCUCCGAUCUCGAGCGGUUUUUAAUCAUCCACGAUCAGGUGCCAGCUGAGAUUGUGUUACCUACUGCUCUACCUCCUGCGAAGAUUUAUGCUCCUUGUCCUCACGAUCUAGGAUGCCCAAAAUUGAUGUCCAGGAGUUCUUGCACUUUUCCUGUUCGUUGGCGAGUCAUUCGAGCAGACGGCAAACAUUCAAGUCGUGAGAUAUCAGGCACAGAAACUAGGAAGUUCUCUUUCUUACUCUUAUUAUCCGUUAUACACUUUGUUAUCUAUUUUCAUAUACGGCAUUUGGAUGGCCAUGUGACUUGCGACUUGUGUACUUCUUUCAAUGGCAUUCAAAGGAUGACGAUUUCCCGAAGAGCCGGCAUGCUUUAUCGGUGGGCGCGUGCUCGAAGGGAUGGCGAAAUAUUCCCAUUACAAACGAAGGACGAGACCGGAUCUCUUCAUAUAGAUCAUCUCAUCAAAUAA